AUGAUUUUCUUUCUAUCUAUCUAUCUAUCUAUCUAUCUAUCUAUCUAUCUAUCUAUCUAUCUAUCUAUCUAUCUAUCUAUCUAUCUCAGUCUGUUCGUAUCUAUCUAUCUAUCUAUCUAUCUAUCUAUCUCAGUCUGUUCCUAUCUAUCUAUCUACCUAGCUAGCUCACGAUUUCAAGAUGUUUUUAUUAUAAUCUCUUAUAAUAAAAAUAUAAUAUCUAUCUAUCUAUCUAUCUAUCUAUCUAUCUAUCUAUCUAUCUAUCUAUCUAUGCCAGUCUCUUCGUAUCUAUCUAUCUAUCUAUCUGAUAUAAAGAAUAACAUCGGGGAAACGGGAAUUGGCGAGCCAAUUUUUUUCCUUCUUCUUUUUCUUUUCUUACCUCCUUUUUUCCUCCCCCUUUUUCUUUUCUUAACUAAUUUUUCCCUUCUUUUUUUUUACCUACUUUUCUCUUUCUUUUUCUUUUCUUACCUAUUUUUCCCUUUUCUUCUGUUACUUUCUUUUCGUCGUCGUUAG